CGUAGGUCUAUGAGAGCCGUGCACAUUUUACAGAGCAUUGGCACAACUAGAGAGGCAGAACGCCGAGGUCGACCGUAGACUACUUUGAAACGCUUGAUCCGAUGCUUUUAAGUAUAAUGGAUCUAAGUGCUGUGGCAACACCAGAGCUAUUGAAAUACAACCUGAUACUUUUGGUAGAUAUCGCGGGAGAAGUAGGAUUAUUGAUCCACUGACAUCUAUGGACUAUUUUGCCUAUUUUUCUCAUGCCAUAAUAUACGUUUUACUUAUAGCCCAAUUUGCCAACAUGAAAGGGUUAUAAUGGAUAUAAUCAUGCCUGGUCAGAUGUGAUAUCGUUGCAAGCGUUCAAUUCCUACUAGCGGAGCUGGAAGACUUUGAUACGAUCACCUUCAAGAGAAUCUAAAUCCAUUUGUGUAGAACAGCGAGAAUUUCCGUCCGAACGUCGAGGGGGACAUUGAGAGGUUGUCGCAGCCGUGUGAAGGUUUCUCGGAGUCGAAUCGCCGUCUGAACGAUGGUGUUUGACAAGGAGGAAAGUGUCUCCCUUGUGCCUCUCCAGUCCAAAGGGAAGCCGAGGGUCUGCGCAGGGUGCAACCGGAGGAUCAUGGACCGCUUUAUGCUGGAGGCUCUGGACAGGUACUGGCAUGAGGACUGUCUGAAGUGUGCUUGCUGUGACUGUCGCCUGGGUGACGUGGGCUCCACCCUCUACACCAGAGCCAACCUCAUCCUCUGUCACAAGGACUACCUGAGGCUUUUUGGGAUGACGGGGAACUGUGCCGCUUGCAGUAAGGUGAUCCCGGCCUUUGAGAUGGUGAUGAGAGCCAGGGAGAAUGUCUACCACUUGGACUGCUUUGCCUGCCAGCUGUGCAGCCAGAGAUUUUGCGUGGGAGACAAGUUUUUCCUGAAGAACAACAUGAUACUGUGCCAGCUGGACUACGAGGGGGGGCAUCAGAAUGGAAACUCUGCUGAUCAGGCUCUGUAGGCUCUACUGCUCUCUGCUGGUCAGGCUCUCUGUAGGCUCUACUGCUCUCUGCUGGUCAGAGACUAGCUAACGCCAGUGGACACUACUCCAUACCGGUAUCCCCGGACAGUCCUCUUCUCAUCAGGGUUGUAUUCACUAGGAACCAAAUGGAAGAAGGACCUACACUACAUAGCCAAACGUAUGUGGACACCCCUUCAAAUGGGUGGAUUCGGCUAUUUCAGCCACACCCGUUUGCAGUAGAAUGGCCCGUAGAGCUCAGUGACUUUCAGCAUGGCACGUUAUAGGAUGCCACCUUUACAACAAGUCAGUUUGUCAUAUUUCUGCCCUGAUAUGGCGUGUCUAGAAGAUUCUGUGCUUCCAAAUUUGUGGCAACAGUUUGGGGAAGGCCCUUUGCUGUUUCAGCAUGACAAUGCCCCCAUGCACAAAGCAAGAUCCA